GGCUGGUUCUAUAGCCCAGCGGCAACUGUACGCGGGCUAUAGUACUAGAGCUACCCGCGACCGUGCUCUGCCAGACUGCCACCCUGAAAAAGUUCAGCACAUUUCCCAAUAUAUUUUGCACGUUGCAGAGCGACGGCUAAUCACAAAGAUAAUUCAAAGGAGGAACUGGCAAUUGCGAGGGGUUCGUCUGUCAAUUCAUCUCAGUACUAGUUACACUGUUACUUGCCUGUCCCCUUGUGACACUCCACAAGCCUAUAAGCCUGCACCUAUUUAGUGACACCACCUAAACCCUUUCCUUUGCUUUUGCUCUUACUCCAUCACAAUGUUGCUAGUUCUGGAAGACUCCCACAAGCAACAUCUUGGCUGGCUGAGUAAACUCGACCUUGAAGUGGUAAACGAGUUUAUCCGCAUGUGCGUAGAGUUCAUCACGAAAGGUGCAACCACCAAUCAACGCUCGUACCAGGUGGCAGCACAGAGACUCGGCGUUACGCCGGACACUGUGCGCAGUGCCAUCAGCGCCCUUGUCCACCUGCUAACGACAAGCAGCAAACUUGCACUCACGCAGCUUGACUUCACAGACUCUGUGCUGGCGCUGGGCUUCAGCAGCGAGGCUAGUACGGCGUUGCUGGCUGUCUACCGGGACCGCGGCGGAGAGCUGCGGCGACUUUUGACGACCCUCGGCAUCGAUCUUCCACACUACUGCAACCUGACGUGGCGUGCUGACGUACAGGUUGCGUCACGCACUCUCUACAGGCAGCUUGAACCCAUUCUGCUGGUUAAGCUGCACCUGGGGCAGUGCGGCGAGCAGAAUGCACUACUGCAGACGGACCUCACGACGUUGGUGCACCUCACAAACACACUCGAGAGAGCACUGGACGAGAUAAAGACACCACACUGCAGACGCAUUAUCAGACACAUCAAGUGAAGUGAUGUGAUCAGUAUACAGUAAAACCUCGUCAUACCGCCCCUCGUACUACUGCCAAUCUCACUUAUCGCCAGGAAAAUGCCAAUGUACAGAUCGUUUGUAUCUAUUUGUGCGUUAUUUAGCCUCAUUAUACCGCCCCUCGUUAAGAAAAAUUGACAGACGUGCAACCGCAUGAUAAGCACAUGCGUUAUUGUUAAUAUCUUUAAUUUUGAACCUCAAACUGCGUACU